CAGAUUUACGUUAGCGAGCCUCGUUGUCACUGAUUAAUGUCCGGUAGUAGAAUAAUUUAAACUAAAACAGUGCAUGGUGUCUCAUGAGACUAGGCAGACUAUUUUACGUAAAACCAUGGCACCCGAUUUCCUAUGAUAUGUUACGUUAGGUUACAUUAAAAUGCACUAUCAAAACGUAUUAUUCAUUACGAAUGGGCUCAAACGAACGCCAGACAAACGUGUCACACUUUACGAAUUUGAACAAAAUGGUUUAAUCCUGUUUCGAGCCGACAACGUUCAGAUCUGAAGUCUAGCGCUCUAUACACUUUGCUCCACACGGGUAUACAUAUUGAGGACGAGUAACAGCAUUACCAAGGACGCUGCAAUAUAAUCAAUGUCUAUUAACACCUGGGGAUGAGAUCAGCCUUAAAUAGGGGCUUUCAACUCCCCCAGCUCACUUCUUCAACUCAAGUACAACGCUCAUCUCAGUUCAGAUCAACUCUUCAAAAUGUCUUCCAACAGAAAAAGCAAACCAAACAGACGUCUGCUCCUGUGUGAGGUUUGUUUGAAACCUCAAGUUUGUCUCUCUAAACAUCUCCGGGUUGUUUGUAUGAAACACUCUACACCUGAACAAGUGAAAGAGAAAGUUCGGGCUGCAAAAGUCUCUGCUUGUCAAUUUGAAACAGUCGGCAGGUUUUGGGACUACAGGCUUCUCCGAAAAACCAUCAAGAGUGAUGAGGACAGGACCAAGAUGGUGGACAUGCUGAAGGAAAGGGGUUUCAUUGUUACUAAUGUCCCUAAACCAUUGAUUGCAGUUCCUCCUGCUCAACACCAGGAAGAAACUGUUAAUCAAGAACAGGAACUUGAUACACCAACUGCACCACCAGUGGGGUCAGGUGACCCCGGGGCAUUUUAUCAAAAGUAUAUUAACAGAAGGCAUUUUCUGACAAUGGGCAUCAGCACGCCUUUUGAUUGCCAGCUGAUCCUUAGGGUUGCUAAGAAGGACUUCAGGGCUGUCAUUUCAAAGCUAGUGAAUGCAACAGCUGAAUCACCACCACUGGAUCAAAAGGAACACUCUCUAGUUGUGAACUAUCUGGUGGCUCUCCUGACGCUAAAGCUCCUUCUGCACGCAAGGGUUAUUAGAAACAUGACUGUCACUGAUUGGCUUAAUAGAGUGAAGACCAAAUUCAAUGGCAAAGAAUAUGUCGUUGUGGGAGGGAGGCAAACAGCUGCCUUUGCCCUGAAUCAACACGAGGAGAUGUGGUUUCAGUAUUAUUAUAUUGAAAUACGUCCAAAACGGCUCAGGAACAAUCCGAAUUCAGGAGCAAUGGUUGAUCGCUCGGAUGAAUUGUUCUUCCUCAACUCCAAAGGAAUGAAUAUGUGCAAUCUCUGCACUGACCUUGAACGGUUUCUAAAACAAUACAAGUGCCCAAAGGUGACCAUAAAACAUACAAGACACUCCUUUGAGGACGCCGCCGAUGAAAGCUUGAACAGCACUGAGGUGUCCCUGAUUUCUAAUUAUAUAUUACAGUCAGGUGCAACUUCUGAAAAUGACAACCUCAUGCUGCAUCCUGAAAACGUCGUCCAGGCAUGUGUUCUGCUCAGCAAGUUAGCAAGGGACCCAAAUCCCGAAUCAAACAAGGCUGGGCCAUCGAGGACAUUAACGAGAGAGAACUGAUCAGUCAGGAUGGACAGGCAGAACAUGUCUGAAAACUUUACCCAAGCAUAUCCAGUGAGCUUGGAAGGCGUACUGGGGAUAGGAAGUGUGGGGUUCACCCACCCUACUGCAGUGAUGUUUCGUAUCCAGGGAGAGCCUCAGCUUGCCAGUGAUUAUUCUGUUGUGUAAGUGUAGAUAAUGUUAGUGUUGUUGAAUAAAGAUAUAUCCGUGUGGU